UGUGGAGGCUGAUGGCGGGGGAUGUUACUCAGAGCAGUGAACUGCGGAGAGACUGCAGAUCAGGCCUUUGUUACACUGACCACAAAUGAUUCCUACACCAAAGGAGCCCUGGUGCUGGCCUUGUCUCUGAAACAGCACAGGACCACCAGGAGGCUGGCGGUGCUCGCCACUCCGCAGGUCUCGGACUCCAUGAGGAAAGUUUUAGAGACAGUCUUCGAUGAAGUCAUCAUGGUAGAUGUUUUGGACAGUGGCGAUUCUGCUCAUCUGACCUUAAUGAAGAGGCCUGAAUUGGGUGUUACCUUAACUAAGCUCCACUGCUGGUCACUUACACAGUAUUCAAAAUGUGUGUUCAUGGAUGCAGAUACUCUGGUCCUAGCAAAUAUUGAUGAUCUUUUUGAGAGAGAAGAAUUGUCGGCGGCUCCAGACCCCGGGUGGCCUGACUGCUUCAAUUCCGGAGUUUUUGUGUAUCAGCCUUCAGUGGAAACAUACAGCCAGCUGCUGCGUGUUGCUUCCGAGCAAGGUAGUUUUGAUGGUGGGGACCAGGGUUUACUGAACAUGUUUUUUAGCAGCUGGGCAACAACAGAUAUCAGAAAACACCUGCCAUUUAUUUAUAACCUAAGCAGCAUUUCUAUAUACUCCUACCUCCCAGCAUUUAAAGCGUUUGGUGCAAAUGCCAAAGUUGUGCAUUUCCUGGGACGAAUCAAACCGUGGAAUUACACCUAUGAUCCUAAAACAAAAAGUGUCAAAAGUGAGUCCCAUGAUCCCACCAUGACUCACCCUGAGUUCCUCAGCCUGUGGUGGGACAUCUUCACCACCAGUGUUUCACCUCUGCUGCAGCAGUUUGGCCUCAUCUCAGACACCCACCCACACCUCAAUGUGGUAGGUUCUGUUUCUCCUUUAAGGAAGAUGUCUCCGGAGCUGUGUCACAUUUGUCCCUUGGGGAGACCCCGGCUACGGCACAGCCUUUUGUAUCCUCAGAAGAACGGAAGGAGAGGUGGGAACAGGGCCAGGCUGAUUACAUGGGAGCAGAUUCCUUUGACAACAUCAAGAGGAAACUUGACACUUACCUCCAAUAGAAACACUGCCACUUUUCCAUGGACACAUCCACUUCACAGGCACUUUUUUCUCAUACUUAUUAUCUAGAGCUGAGUCUGUUACAGUUGCUAGAGGCUUUCACUAAAAUUCAUCAGAUAAGGGGUUUUUGUAGGACAAGUGAUAACUGAGCAGAAGUUAUGAAGUAGCAAUUGUUAUAUGGACAAUGGCCUGUUUUUUAAACUGGGGCUUAUUCAGCUGAUGUUUCAGAAAUUCUGUUACGCUGAUUGCCAACAUAUGUGGUAAGGGAAACUGAAACUAUUAAGAUGGCUAUAUCAGCUUUUAAAAUGGGCUGAUCCAGGGGCCAGAUCAGUCUCCCUUCAGAGUGGGACAUGGUAUCAGUCUCUGGCUUGCUGUUGCACCUUCGUAGACAUGCAUUUCAGAAUUGUUCAGAGCUGCCCGAGUGAUUACAGUUCUGCUUUCAGGUGAAGACAGCCUGUAACACUGCUGAGUGAUGCAUAAGCCUGUCAACAAAUGGCAUCAACCCAUUUUCUUCCCUCACUUUAGUGUCUGAAGAUGCCCCAGUUUUCCAUGUACAGUGAGGCAGCAUGCUAAAUGCUUCUAUUCAGUUCUGUAUAUCUGAAAACAACAGUGGCACCUUAUAUGAAAAAUAAAGACUUAUUGCCAUAUCUUA